ACAUCGCACUCAGCCAAGGGUGUGCUGUGAAGGGAAAACUGAGCUUAGAAACAGAAUGCCAAUGGGACCGUUCGACUUUCUCUCUGGAGCUUUGUUGUUUGUCUGCUUCUUGGCGUCAGACGUAACAAAUUCCUAUGCAGACAAUCAUGAAGUACAGCAACCAUUCAGUAAAGCCAUUUUGGAAAUGUUACAUAUAAACACGCUUACAUUUCCACGACGUACCAAGCUUCACCCUUACAUGAGACUGAUCUAUCAGCAACUCAGCUCAUCAGAAACCAAGGACUCCACUACCACUGAGGGAACUCUGGUGCAAAGCUUCCGCAGUAUCAAAGUUCCUGAAUAUGACAAUCCAGGAUGGAUAUGGUUCAACAUUUCCAAACUCAAGCCCUCCAUGGUGGCAGCAGAGCUGGUGCUAUUGCGAAGAACUCUCCAUCCGAAGUCUCUGACGGUUAAUGUAACCGUACAUAAUAUUGGUUUGGAAGGGAAAAACCUCACCAUCAGUGAUCCACUUGACAAGAAGAUUUUGAAUCUGAGUGAGCUGCCAUCUUCUGGAUAUGACACGUUUAAUGUUUCCACCAUCCUGAGACAGUGGACAUUGGAUGUGAUAGGAUUUCAGUUCCAGUUUACUGAUGACAGUGGGAGUCUGGUAUUACACGAUGCUCUGACUCAAAGCCUCUACUGCCUUGACACAAACUCUCAGGAUGAGCCACUACUUGUUGCCUAUAGGUUGGCACUGUCAGAGACGAGGAAGGUAGCAAAGCCGUUUGGCAGCAGAAACAACCAGCGGAGCUCCAGGGAGAACCGGUGGAAAUUCCCACGUAGCAGGGAUAUUUCUGGGGAGUGCAAAAUGCACCCACUGUACGUGAACUUACAGUCUUUGAAGUUAAAUAAUUGGAUCCUGGAACCUCGGGGUUUCUAUGCUAAUGCUUGCAGAGGUUAUUGCUCUGAAUUAAUCACUGAGAAGGGGAACACAGUCACAAUAAGUCCUGCAUGGAGAACAGUGAUGCAAAACAUAACGAAAAAUCAAAGGUGGCACUGUACCCCGGAAAAAUAUUCUUCAGUUAGUUUAAUGCACGUAACAGAGUCUGGUGAUAUUUUUAUUGAGAGGAUAAAAGAGAUGAGUAUUGAGAGUUGUGCAUGCAAAUAAGAUUUAAUUCAGAGUGAAAUGCUUAAUUUUCCUUACAUUAUCCAAACGCUGUGCUUUUACAUUUCAGAUACAAGUCAUAAUGCAAGAAAAACUGUAGGAUUAACCCAUGAAUAGAUUUCAGGAGGUACUUGGCACAAUACUCAUACUAUUUGCAUUAUACCUUUAUAAUUGAGCACUUAACUCACUGAAUCUAAUCUCCCGGUAGGUGCGGUAUAUAAACUGCUUAUAAAUGUGCUUGCUCCAGUUCUCUACACAAGGGUCCUCAAGGCUUUAAGCACAAUUACAUUCUUCAAUUCACACUUGUACACAUUAGUUUAUCAUAUACAGCUCUCUAAUAUAGUUUCCAACACCUCACUCUGCACAUGCUCAUGGUAGACUGGUGUCGGUUUCCUUACAAAGAGUUUUAUGGUCAAUUACAUCAUGAAUUACAUGAUUCCAUCGCAUUGCAGUUGCAAAGAUUUGCUGAUUUUAAGUGAGGUUAUAUCUUGAGCUGAAUUUUAUGUUCCCCUGUUCAUGGGCUUUAAGGCAGGAAACACAUAAAUCAAGUGGUUUUCUAUCUCCAAUCUGUCUGAAAUUUUAAGGUGAUGCAUGAGCCAUCAGGUAACACACAUUUGACCUUGGGUCCGUUGAUCCCCUUGGGAGGUUGAGGGGAGGGGAGAGAGAUGGUAUAUCUCUUUCAUAGGUCUUAAAGGCCCAUUGGAAGGACCCUCCAUGGACCCCUUUAACACUACCCUUUCCAGACAUCAAACCCAGCCAAUCAUUCCCCUCGCUGAGAUCUCCACCCAACAACUUACUUCAGAUCAUUAAUUUUGGAGAGCACCUGUAUUGGCAACAGUGGCCAGCCUCAGUGGGACAGCUGGGUUACUGAGCCACUGGUCACCUGAUGGGGCAGCAGCUCACUAAGGCAGAAUUUCUUCCCAUGAACGGGAUGGAGGUUUCACUUCAAAGUAAUUAACACUGCCCACAGCAUGGCGCCCCAUAAAAUUCAGCAUGCCUCAACUCGCAAUUUGAUUUAUCCCUUCAAGUUAACACAACACAUGACAUUUCAAGGCUAGAGAAUACUCCCUUGCUCUGUCUUUCCUCCCUCCUGUUUUCUAAAUUUAACCAGUUCUUGAUGAAGUUAAUCUUUUAAAUUUCCACGAAAGUCCUCAACAUAUUGGAUGACUUUCCCCAUCACCUGGGUUUCUCAGAUAAAACUGUGCUGUAAUAUAACAUUCAUAAUUAGAAUAUAUCCUCCCGAUUUCAUUUCCGUCAACUUCCCAAAGGUUGGUAGGUUGUAGACCUGCCAAGCACUUACACAAUCUCAAGUCCCCACAAUGCAAUUUCUCCACAUUGUAUUUAAUGGAUUAUUCUUCUUAUGAUGAAGUGUACCUUAAUCAACUUUUCCACAUAAUUAGGCAGAAUUGAUCUCAAAUUGUGAAAUUUAAUGAGCUUCAUAAUCCAAGAAAAAGCUAUGACUCCGUAUUACUUUAGUAGUUCACAACUAUGAGUUUACUGAAAUUGCACCCUCAUUAUAUAGCUUUACUAAGACCAUGUAAAGUUAUCUGUUGUUCACUGAAGAUGUGUAUGAACUGUACUAAAUUCAAUAA